GCGGCGAGCGCGAGCUCUCCCACCUUCCCCACGCUCUGAUUGGCUCAUCCCCUUUCUGCCGGAAAGUCAACAUGUCCCGCGUGUGGAGCAGCGGCCGCCGCUAAGCCUAGGCCAACCCGAACGGCUCUUACUGCGCGCGGCGCUGUCGCGUCGGCCAAUGGGAGGCGGCCUUCUUUAGGGCGGCGCAGCCCCGAGUGAGUCGGAGUGAGAGGAUCAGCCUGGGCGCUGCUAUUGCGGGCGUGAGGAGACGCAAGGGCCGGGCCAGGUGAGUUGGGGAUAGCGGGGGCUGGGCCCGGGCGAGGCGGGGCGCAGCGCGGAGCGGGCCUGUUGUGCUGCUGCUGCACACCCGGGCUGAAGGGCGGAAAGGAAGGCGAGCAGGCCCCGUUGUGCUGCCGAGGCCCGGCUGACGGGGGGAAACAGGCAGGGGAGCGGGUGGGGCAGUCCGGUCCCAGCACGGGCACCAUUUUAAGGAGCGGCCUCGGCUCUGGGCGCGGCGGAGCGGCUAUUAAGGCUCCGAGAUGCGGCGCUUCAGCGAAGGGGCGGACGAGGCGCUUCCUCGCUCUCUGGCGGCGAUUCUUCACACGGGUUGCCGCAGGCGGAUGGGAGGAGAGCCGCUUUUUUCCGCCGCCUCAGGGCGGACCCCGGGCUCAUCCACACACGCGCGUAUCGCUUCCUCUCUCUCCCGUACCUCUUCUCGGCCAUGUGCUCUGCGAUUUCUCUUCCCGUCCUGCUGUCUAAGCCACGCCGCUUUAAAAAUGGCUAUCUAGGAAGGUGUGCCGUGGGAAACGGGGACGGGAGUUGCGGUGCGGGGAAGUCAGUUGGCGCCGUGUGUGCGCGCCUUAUGAAAGGCUUGUCGUAUAGAUAAACACCGUGAAAAGCGCCCCCCUCUUUUUUUCUCCCGAUGUAGGCCCUGCAGUAUGUAACCUGGCAGGCCCUUGUUUUUCCUGCCAGCGCCCUCUAGUCACUGCUCCUCUCUUCCUCUCAGCCUCCCCCCCACCCGCUGUAUAGAGAACACAUAGUUUUGUUCCUGCCCGAGGGUUUCUGACUGCAAGUUCUGUAACGGAAGCCAUAAUUUUCCUUUGUGGUUUGGCAUCGCUACUUGUAGCUCUUAUUGCAGGGGCCGCACCAUCUUCCAGGCUUAGAAAGAUAAUUGACUCGCGCUUGAUGCAAGUUUUGAAAGAGUCUGAUAAAUGCAAGACCUUGGGGACGCAAGUUUCAUCAUGCUGGACUGGUCAGUCAGCUCCGACAAACUUUUAUAUGUAACACUUAGCUGAUCAAUGUGAAACUCAGUCAAAAAAAAAGAAAGAAAGAAAAGAAAAGGGGGGGUUGAGUCAGUUUUAAACUUACUGCACAGAAACCCAUUCCUUCAAAAAUAGGUGGCAUUGUGGAAGAUAAUAUUCAGUAAUGAAUUGUGUACACAAUAACACCAUAUGGGUUGAAAUCUUCCUGUAGUAGAAUCUCAGCAUGACUACUGUUUGUGUUCCCUAGCAUACAGAUUCUUUCCCCUGUUAGUUUGCAAACAUUUGCUCCUAUUUACCAUUGCUUCAUCUUGAUUCCUCCCAUUUGAAUACUCAGGGGAUUGAUAGGAGUUUAAGUCAACUGCAGCUGGAUAGCCAUGAGCUCCUAUACAUUAUAAGAAUUAAAUCCCACUUCAUGACAGAUGCUCUCCAAUAAGUGUGCACAAGCCCCAUUAAACAUUAUGGAAUUAUAUCUGAGUAAACUUAAACAGCUAUCUUAGAUCUUAAACUAAUUUGAGGGGUUUUGUGGUACAGUCAAGCAGUAUAUAGAUGUUAUGAAAUAAAAUAUGGAGUCAGGCCAUUUAGUUUGUUUUGCACAUUUAUUUCUAACUAAUUGGCUGUAGCUCUUCAGGGUUUCAGAUGGGAUAUUCCCAGCUCCACCUGGAAAUGCUGAUAGUUGAAUUUGGGACCUUCUGGGUGCAAAGCAGAUGUUCUACAACUGAACUGCAGUCCUUCUUUGGUUCAUAUGAAUAGUAAUAAUUAGUAGUUGUAUGUAUGUAUUCAGUGUAUAUCCUGCCCUUCCUCCCAGAGGAGCCCAGUCUACAAGACUUGAUGAAACAAGAUGCAAAUCUUGUAGUUUAAUUGUGUUUGCAUUAAUUAUAACAAAUAAUCCACUUUUGGAAGGCUCCCAAAAUAUAGACACUUACCAGCAGUUUUCUUUAAUUAUUUUCGACUGACAGUGUAGACGGUCUCUUAAAAUGCUCUUGCUUCUUAGGUAUAAUUCUUUGCAUACUUGACUGGCUUUUUAAUAAGUAUGUACUAUUGUAACUGAUGGGGCAAGGAAGAAAAGAAAGAACUGUUAGUCCUUUGUUGAAAACCAAAUUAAUAUUGGUUGGAAACUAAAUUAUAUUUUGCUUACAACUUGCUGUCAGUUACUCUUUGAGAUAAAGUGGCUAAUUUUGUUGCAUAGCAGUAAAGACAGAUGUAAGUUUACAUCUUCCGCUAAACAUGUGCAUAUGAUCCUUAAAAGGCCUAGUUCAAACAAGCCUUUGUUGGCUACAAAUUCCGCUAGGGACAUUGCAGAAAAUCUGUCUCAGUUCUACACGUUUACAAAAGUAAUUCUGAAAUGAGUAAGCAAAUGAAAUUAGUAGAUUUCAGGAAUCUUGUUGAUCACCAUGUUGUUGGUUGGUGGUAUUCAGGACAGUUACUGUGAAGGACUAUGGCACUUACAUAACAUUAAGUAUAACUUGAUUCUCUAUGAGGACCGAGUUGUGUUCAGGAUUUCCAUGAGUAGAACUCCCACCAUAAGAUGAUCCCAUCAGAGGAGGGAGUGGAAGCAAUUCCUGCCAAUACUUCCAUUCCUCUGUACCACCUGAAUAUUCUGCAGAAGGUUGGGGGCCCCUCCAAAACAUGGUGGGAAGUGUUGUGAGGAGCUGAAGGAAGAAGGUCCCAUCUGUAAAUGGAAAGAGCCCUUCCAUUCACAGUAGGACAAUUCACUACACAACAUGUUUUGUUUGUGGGCCUGCUUUAUAAAAGGUUUGAAAUAUGGUCAUGUUGACUGAUAUCUAAUUUAAUAUACAUUAUAACCAUAAUCCUACAGAUUUCUGGCAAUUCACCUUGCUGAAAUACUUCAGCAAGUGUUUUUGGAAUUUGUUGACUGUUGCUGUUGGUGAAAACAUGCUUAUAAAAGCAUUGUGUUCUAUCUCACAUGACUGAGAAUUUGGUGUUAAUACACAUUGUCACUUACAUUUUUCUUUAAACUACUUUGUGUAGUUUUAAUGUUAUUCUAUGGAUAUUUUAUUUAUUGUAUUUAUUUUUAUUAUUUAUUGCAUUUUAUGUCCCAUCUUUUUGUCCAAGGAGCUCAAGGUGGCCUACAUGGUUGUCCCCGCUCCUCAAAUAAUUCCCGCAACAACCCACUGAGCGGCGGUGACUAGCCCACAGUCACCCAGUGAGCUUCAUGACAUAGUGGGGAUUUGAACCCUAGUCUCAUGGGUCCUAGUCCAACACUCUAUAAUCACUAUAACACACUGGCUGUCAGUGUGGAUAAUGAUGGGGGAAAGUCAAAGUAGAAUUUAGCAUUCCAUCUAUGAAACAAUCUAUUGCUGACUGAAUUGGUCAAACUUUGUCUUAUUAUUUGAUAGCAACUUCACGUAAAGUGCCUUUAUUUUUAAUUAUGUCCCAUAUAUUGACCAUUCAGUAAACUUUAAUUCAACUACCUUUGCAGGCUACAUAUCUUUAGAGGUUGCUUAUAAGUUGUGAUUAUGGUUAAAUAUUCUGAUGUUUGUCUUCUGGGCUUCUAAGUGGUACUUCUAAUAUUUUAUAUCUUUGAAGUAGGUAUUUUGCUCUGUUACAGAGGUCAUAACUACGUGUUGCACAUGACACAGGACUGCUGCCAAAAAUUGCAGCCCCAUAUCAAGUUCUUCUCUCCCCACCAUCCUUCAUCCAGAUCCCAUUUAAUGCAGUCAUUACAUUGUCUGUCACCUCCCCACCCUCCCAGCUAAUGCCAGUAACAUGCAAGGCAGAAACUCAGAGUAUUAUAUUGUCACAACAUGGAAUAAAUUAUCCUAAAUGGGAAGACAGGGAGAACUUGAGAGAGAGGACUCUUUCAGCAGCUUCAUAUUGGGUGUAAAGUAUCUUUCUAGUAUUGUUGCAGUAACUGUUGCUCCGAUCACUCCUGCAUGUUUAGCUGUUUUCUUAAUCUUUCUGAUCAUAAGUCAGAAAUACUUCAUCUUAAAUUUAUGAAACAGUGAGCUGGCCCAGAUUUGUGAUGAAUAGCUUUUUCCCAAAUGAGUGGCUCUUUCAGAUUUUUGCUCUUACCUGCUUUUCAGUUUGUCAUGUGAUCUUGUAGGCAGAAGUAGGUAAGAAUCUACAAAAGUAGGUAAGAAUCUACAAGUAGUAAUCUGGGUGAUUUGCAGUAGAUUUUUAAGAGUUUCUUUGUCAACAAUAGCAACAACUUAAAUCUCCACCAUAUUUAUCAUUGUUAAACCUUGCUAAAAUGUAACCAAAAUAUAUUUUGGAGAGUUUUGAUAUUGUGUAUCAGAGGUGGAGAAACACUUUUUUUCUCAUGGGACAUUGAUUCACAGGAAAGAAACAAAAAAAGAGCCAGAGUCCAGGGUGUUUCCUCCCUCCAGGCUCCCUUCCCGUGCAGCUCCACCAAGGCUUCAGCAGAAUCACUUUUCAGCCAUUACACACUGUGCACAUGAACUCUCUUAAAAGGGGUGGGUGGGUGUUAUGCCACUGUCCAGCAGAAGCACCCAACCAGUUGCUUUCCUUGCAGAGCUUUCACUUGGGAAGGGCUGUUCUCUCUCUCUCUCUCUCUCUCUCUCUCUCUCUCUGUGUGUGUGUGUGUGUGUAAAAAGAUAACACUAUUGCCAGACAAUGAACAAGCAAGAGACAAUAGUUUUCCAUUUCUGCUGUAGAAAAUCCAGCUGUGAGAAGAGGAAGCGUCCCUCCUUCCCUGUAGGCUCCUUACCCUAGCUCAACAAAGCAAUGGGCCUCUCUCCUGUAGACUGUCUUCCUGCACUCGUCUUGAACAAGCUGGCAACAGAUCUGUGAGGCCUUUUUGGCUCUCUCUAACUUUGACCAGCAUCAUGCCAGCCUGCCUUCGUUCUCUGAGCAAGACUGCUGCAGCUCCAUGUGGGCUUUUACUUCUUUUACUUCCACUUCACCUGUCAUGAUUCCGAGUAUUUUCCCUCUGGGGUGACUCCCUACCCCGGCAAGGUGACAGUUGCCCUGUAUGUGCUUUCCAGCCCUUUCCUCCUUGCUCUGGCCUACAUGCAUCCUUUGCCAGAGCCAUAUAUUGUGGCUACUGCAAAGAUACUUCCCAUAAGUUCUGAUCCUUAGUGUCCCCCCCCCCCCACAUUUUUUCAGGAAACAAAAUUUGGAUGAAAUUGCACACUGGUUUGUCUUAAAUUCAGAGUGGAGCAAAGGGAAGAGCAUGAGUCUGAUACUCAUGCUUGUAAUGCCAAAAUAUGGUUUGAUGCUGACCUGCUACAAUAUGACAUCCAAGUCACUUAACUGUAGUCAUAUGGACAAUUUUCUAAAACCACACUCCAGAGUAUAUAUGAGUAUACUUUCUGGGUAUAUAUGAAUUGACCACCCACUUGUCAGUUCUGAUGUCAUGACAUCUUCAGCUGAUGAACUGUUCAAUUCUGUCUACAUAGAAUUCUGCCAAUGCAUAACAGAAUUCCCUACCUGUCAGCUGCCAUCACCGACUCAAUAGGGCAGAGUUUUCCAAACUGUGUGUCGUGACACAUUAGUGUGUUGGCUGCAGUGUAUAGGUGUGUCAUGCUAAGACUCUUAUAAGGGGUUAGUUUAACCUCUGGUUUGCUAAUAAAACUGAAUUACUGUGUCAUGAAAUGAUAUGUGUCUGAAAAGUGUGUCACCAACAUGAAAAGUUUGAAAAACUCUGCAACAGAGUGAUGCCAGUUGAUUGACAGAUGGGUGUGGUUUUGGGGAGAUAGCCUCUCAGACUAAGAUUGACUUGCAUGCCAAAGGUUCCCCAUACGUGCCUGUGGCCUAGGCCAUGACCCUCAAAUGCAUAACAAUGACAGUACUGCUUCCUUGCCUGGAUGGAGGCAUGUGUUUGUAUAGAAACCCCCAACUUCUGUGUAGUUGGAAUGUAUCCCUACCGUACAAACAAGAGUUGCACCCAUUAUUUCACUCACUUUUGCUUCUGAUCCUGCCCACAGGAGUAAUUUCUUGAGUUUCUCUCUUCAACACUUGCAAAUGAUUCAUUUUAUUUAUUUAUUUACAAGGAAAAAAAUUGGAGGGAGGAAUGAAAAGAAUGCCUAAGCACAAGUUCUUAAAGUUACAUUUCUUAGAAUGCAGUUAAGAGCAGCAACUCCUUGCAGAUGUCAGUAUAGAGAUAUUUGAUCUAUAUACAUUACAAAAGUAAUAGAGAAUAGAGGGCAACUCUGCUAUGUACAAUGAUGCACUUAUUCAAGCUCUAAGUUCAUUUAAGCUUUUUUCAAAAAUUGUGAUUGGCUAAAUAAGUUCUACCUCUAGUAUUACAAAAAUGAAAUAUAUGAACUAUAACGUAGGGAUUUUAGUUUAUGCUACUGUUGUUUGGAUGUUUGUUAAUGAAGGGGAAAAAACCAUAUAUCUUACACAUUCUAGGAUUGACUUUUAGUCUGCUAAGCCCAAUUCAAUAGGCUUUCAGUGGAAAAUAACAGAGAGAAAUGUAUUUCAACUUCUAAAGCAAGUCCAUUCCAUAAUACAUUCCAUAAUACAAGAUGGCUGAAACCAUUUUUAAAUGUGAUUCAGAAGUGGUUUAUCCUGUAAUUGGCUAUUAGUAAAAAUAAUAUACAAAAAUAAUACUAUUCCAUUAAAGUUGCUUUGGAAACGUAUCAGCAUACUUUUAAAUUCUUUGUAUUGUCUUACAGGUGGAUAAAAGAUCUCGCAGAUGGCAGAUAACAGGUAAGUUCUGAAAAGUCCUGAAAAUUAUGGGUCUUUAAGAAUUAGUGGCAAAUGUUUUGCGCUUGUCUGAUUGAUGUGUGAUCACUGACACAUGCAGUGUUUUCGGCACAACCACUAUGCAAAUGGGGAGUUCCCUGUACUAGAGAAAAUCUUUCACUGGACUUAAUAAAACAUAUUUUCUAUACCGAUUUUCUUUGGUUAAGACGUGGUCCCUCUAAUGAGUCAGGAGAUGAUGACCAUUUAUUAAGUUUAUAUCCUGCCUUUCUUCCCAGAGGAGCACUGCAAAUGGCAAAACAGCAAAACAACACAAUUGAAAAGCAUUAAACAUUUCUGAAAACAUAUAAUUGAAAAUGUUUGUGCUUGUUUUUCUUCUAAUCUGUGUGAAAUUGGUAGGUCUGUGUAGCCCCGUUACUGGGUCAUGUUGUGUCAGGGAGUGAUGGUCAGUUUAUGGUGCAUUGUACAUUCUUGAUACCCUUAAAACAUAGAACAUGUGGGUCCUUCCUACUAAGGUUUUUUUUGUUGUUGUUGUUCUUAGUUACCCAUGGGAAGCUUACUGAGAAUUUUUAGAACCUGUGCUUCAAAUUGUGUACUAGCGUUAUAGCCAAACUACUAUUCACAAAGCAAGAGAGGAAGAAUAGGUCCUGAAACAGUAGUGGUCCAACUUCUUGGCAGGUGUAUAAAAAUCCAACUGAAAAUAUAAGAGUGCAACUCCAGGGUACAGUACAGUUAAAUAUGCAAUUCCUCAUGUUUUAUGAUGUGUUUCCUUCUGGUCUUAAUUAGAAAUGUGAAGGCCGGUGGGAAGGGGUGUGGCUUUGAGCUAUGGAAUGGAAUGCAGUCCUGCACUAGAGUGGCAGGCGGAGCUCAUUCUGUCUUAGGUAGGCACACUAGGUUUCAUUGCUCCUGCCCUGGCAUGCCACAAACUCCUGAUUUGUCUGUCUCUUGAGGCAUCCAUACUGUGUGCCAUAGGAGCCAACUCCUAAGGAGCAAGAUCCCUUCAGCCCCCUCAGUAAAAUAUUUGAGGGGGCCAUCCCCCCUCCCAGUGGAGGGGCAUUGCUAUUCAAAUGAUGUAUGUGAGCCACAUCCAGUUUUAGAAACUUUGAUAUAUAAGCUAGGUGCCAAAUAGCUCUUUAAACCAGGGUUACAGUUUAAUUUUCUCCAAUUGCCUUUUCAAGUUGGAAAUUUAGAAAUAGUGAUUCCUAACCAAUGAAAUUCUCCUGGCAAGCUGUUUGGAAAUAUGUGUCAUGGGAAUCUUUCCACACACACCUAGAAUGCAGUAUAAUUCACCUAACAGCAUCUUUAGCCUUUAUCCUGUGUACAAUCUUGGCAAAAGUAAUGGAAAAUUGAAAAUCUGAUUUAUUUUUAAGUGCCUAUUGUACAAGUUCAUUUGAGUGUCAAAACUGCCAACAAGAAAUUGAUAUCUUUACUAAUUUUUAAAAUACCAGUUUACAUUGGGUUGGAUCCAGAACUUAUCCUGUCAUGAAUAGAAGGGCAGCCCUUUGGAACAAUGGACUACAGAGGAAAGGAGGAAUCUUUAAAAGUUCUGCUUUUUAGUCCUUCUCCCAACCACUCAGUUUGAGUGGCAUUCCAGUGAGCAUUACCCUGGAUCCACCCCAUUUACCAAAGCUUACUUGAUUUAAGUUAUAUUAUAUUAUGCAAAUAUCUCUCAAAUAUGUUUUUGCAGUAAAACAGAAGAUGCUGCCUCAGAUUCUGUGGAAGCUGCUAAAGGUACCGGUGAUAAAAAAGGUAACUGAUUAAAAUACUAUGUUUCAAAAGUAUGUUAAAAUGCAGAAUGAGUGUGUGGUUAGGGUUUCCAGAGAUUGUUUUUAUCCCUUUAAAAGCUCUGAAGGUGAGAGAAAUUAUGCUGCUGCUGUGCAUCCUAUCCUGGUUUUUGUGUAUAGCUCCUUCCUGCACCUCUUCCUGAUGGGGUAAAAGUUAUGUUUUAGUGGACAGAGAUGGCAGAGCAGCAGGAGCUGUGACCACUGUCUUAAAGGGUAUGCCAAGAACUUCCUUGUGCCUUCUGUUAUGUUGCAUAUACAUCAAAGGUCUAAAUCAGAAGGUUCUUGAAGACUGCUCGCCAGGUUUGCACAUUUUCUCUGGAAUUCAUAUCUUUUCAGGAACUGAGAUAAUAUCUUCAUAUUUGGGCAAUUAGUUGAUGCUGGGUAUGAAUAGGGAUGGUUCUUUAAUCCUGGCCCCAGAGUAUGAAAUCUGUUUUGAUUACAUGUUCUGUUUUGUGCACUGGGCCUUCAGGGAUAGAAUUGCUUAAAAUUCCAAAGAAAUGCAGCUUAAGUUGCUGGGGACAAUAAGGGAACUUGAAUGAAUGGGUAGCUUUUGACCUGUACUUUGUACCUCUGAAGAACUUUUCUUCAAUGUCAUCUUAUUUCCAUCAUCCACAGCUUUUGUAAUUUGAACGUCUUAUAUUUCCAGAUAGAUUCAUUGUUCCUUUGGGAGCACAAUACCCUAUCUAAGAAUUCCCUGGUUUGAAUUUUAUGUGGAAAUGAUGCCAAAAUAAAUGCCUAAUAAAAUUAUACCGAUAUAGUGAGAUUUGUUUAAACUCUUCUUUUACAGAAAAGUUAGCAGACCAGGUAAUGCAGAAUCCACAAGUCUUGGCAGCUUUACAGGAGCGACUUGAUAAUGCACCUCACACUCCUUCCAGCUACAUUGAAACGUAAGAAUGAGAAACACCACUUGUCACAAGUAAAAGAUUCACUGGUCCAAAAAAUGCAUUUGCCACUAUUAGGUACAUUUGUUAAUUUGAUUUGGCAAGCUCAACCUGAGGUUAAGGAAAGCCUCCAGCCUUAGAGAGGGACAGGAAAUUUCUCUGAAUUCUGGAGAUACUUGGAAAGUAGUGAAAAUCUUAUUAUGUGGAGGAAGCUAGAUGCAGCUGCUAUGUAAAUUCUAAAUAAUUUUGUUCCUAGCUUACCAAAAGCAGUAAAAAGAAGAAUUGAUGCCUUGAAACAGCUUCAGGUGAAAUGUGCCCAUAUAGAAGCUAAAUUUUAUGAAGAAGUUCAUGAUUUAGAGCGAAAAUAUGCAGCCCUGUACCAGCCUCUCUUUGAUAAGGUAAGGCAUGUAAAUUUCCUUGCAGUCUUAACUAAUAUUAGUGGAACUAUGCUUCAUCUUCCUGUAAUUGUAACAGCUCCUAUCAUUGCGAGGGGGCUAAAACUGGGUUGUUCUUUGCACUGUGUGGUUGCUAUUUUAUUUCUGUCAUCUAUAUCAUGAGAACUUGCAUAUAGCUAUCCGAAGUGUUCUCAAAGCCUGACUACUUAGGUGUGUGUUUAGCAUGUGUUGACAAAAGGGAUGUGAGAACAAUAGGCAGAGUGGUCCCUCUAAGACAGCUGCUAGAUAUAUAAAACUAAUGUUCCUGCUGUUAGUAGCCUUUACCUAAAGCAAUAACUAUAUUAGGGCUUUACUGUUAAGUCUUAAUUCUAUAAUUAAUUAUUUUGGCAUUUAGAAUACUGGUAUUCAUUUAUGGUAUAGUUAUUCAGGAUUCCUCUGAUCCUGGUCAAUUUCAUGUUUGAACUGUUCAGCAGCUACACAGCUGUAAUCUGCACUUCAUUUUCUCUUUUUAGGCAUUAUAGUGUAUUUAGUUUUUGUUCAGCUAAAGUAACUGUUUUCUUUUCUUUUUACUUUAAUUUACAACAUUCAAAUGAUAUUUGUUGCCCUGUACCUUGGUUAGAGUAUCUAAAAUACCAGAAACCUAAGUCACUCUCAGAUAUUGUUUGAUGAUAAAGUCAUUUGGGUGUUAGAUUUUAAAAAAUGAAGCAUAUUCCUAAUACUUCUGAGAUAGUAGUUUAUACAGUUCCUUAACUCAUUUGAGCAUACAAUGGGAACCACCAUUGUUGAUCCAUUUUCCACAGCACUCUCCAGUGCUCUUGGAUAACCUUAGUAUGUUCUAACUUGUCUACAAUUUUUAUACUAAUUACACAGAGAAGGGAUUUUAUCACUGGUGGUGCUGAACCCACAGAGGCAGAAGCAGAAUGGCACAGUGAAAAUGAGGAAGAAGAAAAACUUGCCGUAAGUAGAAUUUGCUUCUGAACACAAUUACUAAACUCUUCAGAAAACCUAAUGAAGUGAUCUAAUUAAAAUAAUACCUGUCCUAGGAGAGCACAUCAUGAGCUUGAGUUACCAAGAUAUUUAGCAGUUUUUCUCUUUCUAUAGCUGCAUAUAAUAGCUGCAUGCCUAAUGAAAUUGGCCAGGAACCUGCUUUGAUCUAGUCAUUUGCACUGUUCGUAACCUGUUGACAGCCUCUUCUGCUAAUGGGUUCCAUUCCAGUGCUACAGUAACACCCAGGAUGAGAAAAAGCAGGCAUUUUUUGCAUGUCUGUUAUCUUCGUUUUGGGGACACGUCAUUAUUGAUCUAUUUUAUUUUUGUCUUUCCUGCCUGCUUUUCAGCAAAAGGUUCAGGACGGGUUACAGCAACUCAAAAGCAAUAGUUUUAUUCAGCACAUUUUAGGGAAGAUACAAAAAGAUAGGGUACUUGAUGCACCUGUGUUGUAAGGGAGCUUCACAUUCUUAGGAUCAUCACUGAGAAAGCCCUCUCACAAGCUACUGCUGCCAGAACCUGUGAGAUUGGUGGAUCUGCGAGAGGGCCUCCUCCAGUGAUCUUAAUCUCUGAACUGCUCUAAAAGGGAAAUAUUCCCCUGUUUUUUAUUACUGUGUCUGCAUGCCUCCUGAAAUUCUUCCAGUUGAGUUACAAAGUAUGAAAGAGUUCAGGUUUGGAAACCUUAGUGCUUUAUUACUGUAUAGUGGGUAGGGGGCAUUCUGGAGAGUAAGAAAAUGAAAAUGUGUCCUUGUUAAACUAUUUUUAGAUGCUGUUUUUGUUUUUUUUAAAUUAGAGACUAAUUUACUUUUGCAUACCCUGGAACUGUCCAGAAUAUGGAGAAACCAUUGCCUCAUUUUUUUAGGGCAAGUGUGCCGGGGGUGGGGUGUCAUUUUGUUUCCAAACUGAUGGGCGCAAAACCACCCAAGGUUAUAUUUUCGCCCAUCAUAGCAUUUAACAAAUAAUAAUAAACAAAAUACACAGUCACAGUACAUACAUUUCAAUGAUAUAUAUUGAGAAGUUAUACAAAUUUACUUAAAUCUUCUCAGAAUCCAUAAAUCACCAUGUGUCAAUGAGAUAUAAUGUAUGACCCAAGCUGUUUACUUGUGUAAUAAAGCAAUACCAAUCUGUGUUAAAAUUGCUAUUUUUGCCUUUUAUAGCCCUUAGCCUCACAACCACCCAAGUUUUGUUUUAGAUGCAAAUACUUUUUAUAAUGACAAUGUUUCUGCAGUAAGAACAUUAAAAGGACACCUAGGAAAUGGGGCAUUUGCAUUUUACAAACAACUUUGAAUUUAUUUGUUGACUAGCCUCUGGCCAAAACCUUUAAAGAAGUUUCUCUCUUUUCUGUUCUUAGGGAGAUGUGAAAAAUAAAGUAGUAAUAGAAGAAAAAGAAGCAGGAGCAGCUGAAGAGACAAAUCCCAAAGGAAUCCCAGAUUUUUGGUUCACAAUAUUUAGAAAUGUAGAUAUGCUGAGUGAAUUAGUACAGGUAAUACCUAUAAAAAGGAUGUUUGUUAAUUAAUGUUUUUACAUGUCAUGCUAUCUCAAUUCAAAUACCAACUGAUAAUGAUAAAUACGAACAGGAAAGGGAUCUGUGACAGAUUUGCCUGCAAAUAAGUAUUAAUGAACAUGUGUUCUGGUUCACUCAUCACAUUAAAAUAGUAUUGCUCAUGCUGCUCAGAAGUCCUCACUUCACUUGUCUCCCACUUCUCGCUGCAACAGACCAUAAGCUUUGACUUGUACUGUUGUCCAAACCUGCUUUCAUGGGUUUGGACUACAAAACAAGUCUAGGCUUGUUCCAGCAUGUCAAGAGUCAGGAAGCAGCAAAACGGACUUUGGGGCAGCCUGCAUCAGCACAUGUAUGUGUGAGCCCAGGCCACUGUCAUGCUGUUUGUUAGAAUUUUGCCGGGCUUUUCUAAUUACUUUACAACUUGCAGAUUUCAGUAAGCUACGUCUGUCCCUGUUUUGGCCUUUUCUUGAUUUACCUUCUCCUUAUUUGCUGUCUCGGUGUUGUCCAAAAAUUGGGGUCUCUCAUCUCUCCUCUUAAAUUAGUGUACGCCUAAUCGUAUAUCCCUCUUGACCUUCGGAGAUACAUUUAUUAUUGAGUCAACUGUAUUGGGAGUGGGGGGGGGUUAGUGUGUUAGUAAAUAUAUAGAGUUGGUUGAAGAACUAUCUGAAGCAGAAACAGUUAACAUGAAAUUGGAGAUGUUAUCUAAGUAAACUUGAGAACUUGCAUUGGAGGCAUUUGACUCUUUAUGAGAUGCCAGCCAUUUCUUUCAUCUUAAUCAUAGCUUUACCAUUUUUGUUUAGGAAUAUGAUGAGCCAAUUUUGAAGCACCUGCAGGAUAUCAAAGUAAAAUUUUCUGAGCCAGGACAGCCUAUGGUUAGUAUGAUUUAACUUCUAAGAAUUUAAUACGAUUUAACUUGUGAGGGGCAUGGUAUCCAUUAAUAGUUUGAGUGUGGAGGAUUUCCAUUUUUAUCUUAUUGUAUCAAGUUUCACUUUAGAAGAUGAACUUCUCAGCUGUAUAUCCCACUGGGGACUUCUUUAUUAGAUCAGGCAUUAAAAACUACAGUUAUAAUAGCACCGCCUACUGACAAUUAAUGAAACAAUGUUUUAAAAUAAUAUGAGCUUGUACUUAAAUUAGGUCUUUUAUUAAUCCUUUAUUGAAGCAUGUUUCUUAUAUUGAUAUAAACUAAAACAAAAGCUUUACCAGCAAAGAAACAAAAUAAACAAAAAUGGAGCAGGGAAGGAAAAUAGGGAGAGAUGUUGGUCAGUGUUCAUAGGUUUUGCUCAUUUUCAAUCUACGCGAGUAUCAUAAGCAAAAUAACUGAACUCGGCAAGGGAUAGAGUUCAGUAUAGGUUUGGUAAUCAUUUAUGUAAACUUAAGAUGUGCCGCUAAUUCAUGUAUGGUGAGUGAGUAUAGGUUUCUUCUGCCAUUGGUGGGUUGUUGGGACUGUAUUUUAGUUUUCCUUUGUUGCAAAUUGUUACAUGCAACAACCAACAAAGUGAAACUAAUCCAUUUCUGCUGUCCUGGGGAAAGGUUCCAAAAAAUAGGAGGAUCCUUUUGUUCUGCUUCAAGGACCAAGUUAAUACAGUGACUCAAGAAUUGAAAAACUAGACAGAACCACUUAAUAUGUGUUAAGAAGUCUUCUGUAUCAUUGCUUCCCCAUCAAGGAAGAUAUUCUUAACAUAUUUGAACUAGUUUUAAACAACCUCCACAGAGCAAGGGAAGGUGCAGAUCUUUCCUAGUACCUCAUUUAGAAUGUUAAUGGCAUUAAUUAGUGAAUUAGGUUCUCUGGGAGCUGUUUCUGUUGGGCUGCAUGCAGUGAAAGUAGCUAAAAAUAUAUAUUUCUUAGUGGGCCACUUCAGAGAAACUAUUCAGUAGUCCACUGCUCUUAGUGAAAAGUUUUGCCCAGUAAAUAGAGUUUUAUACUGUAUUGAUCUAAUAGAAGCACUCGGAGGAAGUUGUGCUCAGUAGCAUUACAUGGCUUCACCUUCAGAGAGUUGACCCCACAUUAUUAACAACCUCGGCUUUGAUUUUCCUUGGAAAAGUUUUAAGUUGGUUACACUGCUCAGUCUUCUGUUAGUAUCUUACAUGCUGGGUUUGCAUUUUACUUCUAUUUAUAUGUUAAAGGGUUAGAAUUACCUUUUUAAGAGGGUGGGAGAAGCUUUUAUCUGCUCUCUAGUGAGAACUAGCUCUAGUAAUAUAAACAGAAAUCAGUGGCUGGAAUAACUGUUCAUAUGGCAUCUUGUUGUUCCUGGAAGUACUCCAAGCUCUUGACUUCAUUUGGCACAUAAGAGCAGUUUGCCACUAGAAAACUAAGCAAUAUGUUAGAGUUCUGUUAGAACAUAUUUAAGCUUCUGUUGUUUGAAUGCGCUGUAGUGAAGCUUUUAUCCAUAUUGUGGUUACUUAAGUAAAGUUGUAAUUCUCUCCCGGUUGUCAGACCUGAAAUAAGAUAAUUGAUUUUGGAUUAUUUUUCACCAAAGGUUUUGCAGUUUCAUGCUUUUCUUGAACAAGUUAGCAGUUAACUGCUCCUUGUGAAUGAGCACCUGCACAGCAAACUGCCUCUGGCUCACGUGGGGGUGUUUGCCCUCCAUUUUUCUUGUAGCUUGGAAAUGUUAACUGAUUAUUAUGACAGUGGCAAGAAGGUGGAAUAGGUAGCAACAGUACAAGUGAGUGGGGGAAAUGCCUGGUGACUAGUUCUGAAUUAUUUCUUCAGUUGAGCAAUAUAUAAUCAAAUACCGUAUUUUUUGCACCAUAGGACGCACCGGCCCAUAGGACGUAUCAAGUUUUUUUGGGGGGGAAAUAAAGAAAAAAAUUUUUAUUUCCCCCCCAGGCGCUUGUGGGGCCGGCAGCAGGGAGAAGCGCUCUUCUCCCCGCAGUCCGCCUUCAGACCAGGUCCGGGGACAGCGGGAAGACGCGCUGCGCCUCCCAGCUGUCCCCGGAGCUUGCGGGGCAGGCAGCGGGGAGAAGCGCUCUUCUCCCCGCUGCCCGCCUUGAGAUCAGGUCCGGGGACAGCGGGAAGACGCGCUGCGCCUCCCAGCUGUCCCCGGAGCUUGCGGGGCAGGCAGCGGGGAGAAGCGCUCUUCUCCCCGCCGCCCGCCUUCAGACCAGGUCCGGGGACAGUGGGAAGACGCGCUGCGCCUCCCAGCUGUCCCCGGAGCUUGCGGGGCAGGCAGCGGGGAGAAGCGCUCUUCUCCCCGCCGCCCGCCUUCAGAUCAGGUCCGGGGACAGCGGGGAGACGCGCUGCGCCUCCCAGCUGUCCCCGGAGCUUGCGGGGCAGGCAGCGGGGAGAAGCGCUCUUCUCCCCGCGGCCACCUUCAGAUCAGGUCCGGGCACAGCAGGAAGACGCGCUGCGUCUCCCAGCUGUCCCCGGAGCUUGCGGGGCAGGCAGCGGGGUCUCCCCGCCGUCAGCCUCCAAACCACUUCGGGAGACAGCGGGAUGGCGGCGUUCCGUCUCCCUGCUGUCCCCCGACCUUGUGGGGCUGGCGCUGGGGCUCUCCUGAAGCCUGGAGAGCGAGAGGGGUCGGUGCGCACCAACCCCUCUCGCUCUCCAGGCUUCAGUGAAAGCCUGCAUUCGCCCCAUAGGACGCACACACAUUUCCCCUUCAUUUUUGGAGGGAGAAAAGUGCGUCCUAUAGAGCGAAAAAUACGGUAAUUCAUGUGAUGAUGUUCUCAAAUGCUUUGACUCAUUCUCUAAACGAUUUUCUUUUUUGGGGGGGGUGGGCGAAUCUGAUACUCUGCUAUUCUUACCUGCCCUGCCAUUGUUGCUGACUAAAGCAAUAGAUAACCCUUGUGCUUUUAGAUAUGAACGUAGGAUGUUUAUGUCAUUGUCCCCCAACAAAAUAAAAAAGCAAAAAAAUAAAAAAGCAGAACUUUGUACAUAAGGUUGAAGUACUGUGAAUAGCUGUAAUACAAAACCUGUCAAGAAAACAUAUAGCACACUAAUUGUUCCAAAUUAUUUAUUGUAUGUGUUUAUCUUAUUCAUGUUUUAUUACAUUUUAAUGGAACAGUGUAAAAUGAGACUGUUACAAUGUAGGAUCUGAACUUUUAUUUUUGUAAAGGGUGCAUUGCCAAUAUAGAUAUUGUUUACUAAUAACACUUUAUCACCUUCUGUCUGCCAAAAAUAGUUAAGAGCUUUACAACAAUAAUGGAUCUCUUUUAGUCUUUCACAUUAGAGUUCUACUUCGAGCCCAAUGACUAUUUUACUAAUUCGAUUCUGACAAAAACCUACAAGAUGAAGUCAGAGCCAGAUAAGACGGAUCCCUUUUCAUUUGAAGGCCCUGAAAUUGUUGACUGUGAGGGGUAAGAAAAUAUUCUUAAACAUUUUUGAGCUUCUAGUCUGAAGUUUAAGGUACCAUUAUAAAUAUAUGUGGUCAAAAUAUAAAAUCACUCUGAAAGCACUUCUGUUGUUAUGAAUGAAUGUAGUAUAUUGGAUCAUCAAUCACAGAACUAUUGCCAGUAGUACAAGUGAAAAGGAUUGGGGGGUCUUAGAGGACCACAAGCUUAACAUGAGUCAACAGUGUGAUGCAGCAGCAAAAACAAGCUGUUUUUCUGCCUUGGUCAGACCACACCUGGAGUCCUGUGUCCAGUUCUGGACCCCACAGUUUAAGAUGGAUGUUAACAAGCUGGACUACGUGCAGAGGAGGGUGGUCAGGAUGAUAAAGGGCCUAGAAACCAAACCUUACGAGGGACAGUUGAGGGAACUGGGUACGUUUAGCCUGGUAAAGAGGAUACUGAGAAGAGAUGGGAUAGCCAGUAUCUUCAAAUAUCUAAAGGGCUGUCACAUGGAGAUGGAGCAAGCUUGUUUUCUCCUGCUCCAUAGCACCCAAACCAAAGGAUUUAAGUUAAAAGAAAGGCUGGGAUGGAUUUACAGCUGUGAGUGGUUUGCAUAGACUGGAUGCUGAACCAAGGGGUCACCUUCUCAAAAGGGGGUGCCAGGUUUUGGGAAGUAGGUGCAGGGUUCUGACAAGGUCCUAGAGUCCUUCCUCCUCCUUUCCUCUUCCCAAAGUCCCAUAAGCGCCUGUCCAGAGCCUCAUACCUCCCUCCCAAAGCCCGGUGCCUCUCUUUCCUGACUUUGAGAAUGCAGUGCGAGGGCUAGAGGGGACAUCAUGUUUUGGCCUUGCAUAGGGGUCCACCACUGAGAAAAGAGAUUCCAACUAAACAUCAGGAAGAACCUUCUUGACACUAAGAGCUGUUCAGCAGUGGAACGGACUCUCUCAGGAGCUGGUGGACUCUUGUUCCUUGGAGAGUUUUAAGCAGAGGUUGGAUGGCCGUUGGUCAUAUAUCUCAUAGUUGAGAUUCCUGUAUCACCAGAGGUUGGACUAGAUGACCCACGGAGUACCUUUCAACUCUACAAUUCUGUGGCUCUUUGAUUAAAGUAUUAAAUUAAACCUGGAUCCAUGGUUGUCUUAGCUGAGCAGAAAGGCAUUUCUCCCUUCACUCCAUUGUCCAUGUUGGUAGCGGGAGGGACCAGGAAAACUCCAUUGUGGGGAACAGACUUCCCCUCAUCUGUCUCUGGAUCCAUCCAACUAGCUUUAAUUUUGGAGAUUCUGACCAUUUUUAAAAAAUCCAUCAACUACUAGAGUUUACAAGCAGGGCACAAUGCAGUGAAAAAUCACAAUUCCACCUGCCAUAUCUUCUUGUUCUAGUUGCAGACUUUAGGGAAAGGGGAUGAAAGCUGCAGGGAGGUCACUUUCCCACAAGCAGAACUUUAGGAGCUAUUACACUCAAAUAGGUUUAUGUAUUGGAAUAUUAUGUCACACAAUGUAGACUAACUCUAGCAGCAGUGCUAAAGAAAACUGCCGUUAUCCUUACAGGACUUGACCACUGGCUUGAAAAGCUACCAGAUGUUCAAUGUGACACUCUCCUUUUUAAAUGUCACUGACAUAUAAAUUCUUCAUCUCCAGAUGUACUAUUGAUUGGAAGAAAGGAAAAAAUGUUACAGUUAAAACAAUAAAGAAGAAACAAAAACACAAGGGCCGAGGCACAGUUAGAACAAUUACUAAACAAGUACCCAAUGACUCAUUUUUUAACUUCUUCAGUCCAAUAAAAGGUAAGUUUGGUUAAAUUUCAUCUGUUCCUAUUUAGGAAUACUCAUAUUUAUUUUAGCAAGCUAUUUCCAUAUAACAAGCAUGGAGAAAAUAAACAAAGAAUAGCAGUCUGUUAAGGCUGUUAUUAGUUUUGUAAAAACUUUAGUAUCAGGAGCCUGAGUAUGUUCUAAGACAGUUUGUGGACCUAUUUAAAAGUGGGAUCCUGCAACAAAAUGUGCCCCCUCUGUGUCCCCCAGCUCUAGCCAGCCUCUAGCAGGAGCUCUGUAGGUUUCAUAGAGGGUGCCAUUUCUCUUUUUUAUGAAAGCUGAAUCAAAAUGGCUAUUGCCAUUAAGAUACCACAGAUGAUACUUUUUGAACACUUAUUUGCAAGAGAUUUUUCUGGGAGCGGAGGGGUUAUCCAUACAGUUGGUGAUCAAGACUUUGAAAAGUAAUUUGAAAAUCCUCCCUUACCUACCUUUUCAUAGGUUGGCUUUUUUAAACAAGGAAUUAGGCUCUUGACUUUGCAUUAGGUGCUAGAGGAGAUGAAGAUAAAGGGGUUCUCUUCCUGCCUCAGUCUCUUCCAGUUACAGUCAUACCUCGGCUCCCGAAGGCCUUGGGAGUCGAACGUUCCAGCUUCCGAAUGAUCGAAAACUGGAGUGAGUGUUCCAGUUUUCGAACUUUUUUCCACUAUUGUUUCUGGUGUACCUGCACAAUCGGAAACCAAUCGGAAGCCACUCCUUGGUUUCCAAAUGUUUUGGAAGUCGAAUGGACUUCUGGAAUGGAUUCCGUUCGACUAAUGAGGUACGACUGUACUUUGAAUCAGGUAUGCAGGGAAGGAGUUAACCAGGUAUUGCAUACUCAGCUUACUUUCUUGAUAGGCAGUGAUCUUUAAAGGGGAAAAAGGCCUUUAGUUGGUGAAACUUUUUUUAGGUAACUGAUGGCCAAGAUGUUAGAUGUAGUAGGGAUCCGAAACCUUCCUGCUGUCACUCAUAAAUCAGCAAUAUACAUCUAAAAUAGUUUAGGCUUCCAGCACAUCUUAUCUUGAAACAUGUUACACACCACAAAUUCAGCUACAGUUAUGAGCUGCCUUAUUUUAGCUGCCUGAAAAAGGUAUAAAGUUGUUUAAAUAUUGCAUACCUGUUCCAGUUUUUACCACAUGAGGGCUGUAGAGUUCUAAAUCCAAAUAACUGCAUGGAAGAUUAAAAUUGAUUUAAUAGCCUAUGGUGAUUAGGCUGCAGAGUUGACAACAGGGCAUUCUGUGACUUGAAAAACACAAUUAUUAUUAAAAAUGCAUCAGGAUAGCAUUGCUCAUAAUGGCUUCAAGGGGAUUUUACAGGUUUCUUUCUUGCUAGGAGAGCCCAUCUUUCUUUAGCAAACAAAAACUGAAAUAUAUUAACUUUUGCACUGCUCUUGUCUUGACAACCCGUGUGUCAGUGUUCAGUUUUUAAAAACCAAACCACAACAUGAUGCCAACUUUUUCUUGCAUAUGCUGACCAUCAAAAGAUUAAAAUGAUCUCCUUAUUUGCAUAUCACAAAGUUCUGAGUAGAAGGCUUGUCCAUCCAUUCUGUGGGUGGGAAUAGAGAGAAAUCCAUUUGUAAAUUUAAAAAGGGAGUUUCUGGCUAGUUCAGCUGAAAUUCUCUUUUCAGAAUGUUUUAAAUUCUGGAACACUCAUGCAUGCUUUGGGCAGGAAAUAAGGAUGGGGCUUCAUGGGGCCCUGCCUUUUUCAGAGCUUGUUUUGCUAUUGAUGUCCCUUGAACCUCCAAACUGCUCUUUGAAUCACCAUGUUCAGAAUCAACAUUUUGAAGGGCAAAGUGGAAGGUAGCACUCAAGUGGUUGCUUUUUGUCUCUUGAAGCAGGAGAUUGGUAACUCUGCAGAGCAUGGUGCUCUCCAGAUGUUUUGGGCUACAAGUCACGUCCGUCCUGGUCAAACAUGGCCAAGAGUCAGGGAUGGUGGCAGCUGUAGUUCAACACCAUCUAGAGGGCAUCAUGCUAUCUUUCCUAGUGCAGCAGCAGCAGCAGCAUAAGAGCCAGCAGGAUCAUACUACUGUCUCAUGCAGCCUUUCUCAAUCUCGGGUCCCCAGAUAUUGUUGGACUACAACUCCUAUGAUUUCUAGCCAUUCUGUCUAGCAGUCAGGGACAGUGGGAGUUGUAGUUCAAGAACAUCUGAGGGCCCAAGGUUAAGAAAGGCUGGUCUAGUAACUAUUCAUACAAGCACCGAGGGUUAAAAAGAAGUGGGGAAGUCUGUAUGAAUUGCUGCUAGGAAGCAAUGCAGUCGUGUAGGUUCAUACAUUCAUUCUUCCAUGUAGUUGCAACAAGAGGUAUGAGCUAUAUGGGGGCAGUUAUAAGGCAGCUUAUCAUAGGGACAAGACCUAGAUUUGAAAUUCAGUUUUUAUCUUCUGGAUCAAUGUGUUACUAUGUGGCUGGAUUAGAAUGAUGAUGCUUGCAUUUUUGUAUUGUAGAAAGUAUUUUGAAUUCCCAUUAUUUGAGGUAAAUGUGGGCUUGGGGUGAAUAACUUUCCUUUCUGAUGUUGUAAACAUUCAUCCUGUGUGGGUUUCAGUUGUGUUGAAACAUGGCAGGGUGUGUUUUGCAAACUUCAUUUUUACCUGUCCAAUUUUUCUCACAUGCUGUUUUGGCCCUAAGCUGUUGACCCAAAAGAGACAAAUAAAAGGACCUAUUUGAAAGGAUAAGCUUUGAAAAUGGAGUCCUAGUUCUCCAUUAGCAAAGACACCCAGAGAAAGCUAAGGAUAUUUCUUGCUCCAUCUACACAUAACAAUAGCUUUCACACUAGAACCUGCAGCAGGGUUGGGUUUUUAAACAGUUUAGACUGACUUCUUGUCUUUUUGUAGUUUCAGGAGAUGGAGAAUCACUGGUAAGUUAAUUUUAAUAUUUUUAUAGUCUGUUCCAGCCUUACCAUUAAGCAUGUUGAGGUAGACUCUUUUCUCACAACAGACUUCAAAGGAUAGCAAAUAAUCAGUUACUUAAUAUGGGUUGGAUCCUGAGAUAGAGUUGUGGAUUUCUGCUCAAAACAGGUCUUCCCAGCCUUCUGUCUCUCCUUCAAAAGCUCCUCCUCAGGGUUGAGGGACCUUCCGGAAUGGAGUUUGGUGGAACAUCGUGGCGGGAGAAAUUGCAACAAGACUGGGAAACUGCGAAAAUUCUGUGGGGCUUUCUUGCAUAUGCAGGAAGUGCCUUUCUGCUCAUGUGUAACUUUUAACUGUGGCAGUGUACAAUUUUAUUGGCAUCAGCUGUGGCUUGAGCCAUCGUGUGUUUUGAUGAGUCCUGUACUUAAACUCUAGGCACUGUUUUUGGACUGCAGGUACCACCCCCCGUGUGGAACUGCAUACCCAAUUCUUUUAUUAGUAGUGCAGACAGUUUUCAGUAAUAAACAGGAAAUUUAUUUAUUUAUUUAUUUAUUUAUUUAAUAUUUCCUUUUCUUCUCUGCUGUUUUUCUCCUAAACAGUAUUUUAUCUUCCCACCUGUCCUCUGGAGUUGAUUGCUGAUUGUUUCAGUACAGGGAGUUAGUAUUUUUCCUGUAUGUCAGUUUAUUAUUAUAGAACAGACUAGCAUCUAAAGGUCCGUCAGGUUCUUUAAAAAUUGUUCUGACGUUGCCUGAUGUACUAUUGAAAAUGGUCACACUGUUAUAAUUCAUUGUUUGACUUCUAGCGAUGUUAAAUAAGUGGUAGAAGUACAAACUAAAAGGUAAAGGGACCCCUGACCAUUAGGUCCAGUCGCGGACGACUCUGGGGUUGUGGCACUCAUCUCGCUUUACUGGCUGAGGGAGCCGGCGUACAGCUUCCGGGUCAUGUGGCCAGCAUGACUAAGCCGCUUCUGGCAAACCAGAGCAGCGCACGGAAACGCUGUUUACCUUCCCGCUGGAGCAGUACCUAUUUAUCUACUUGCACUUUCCCCCGUUGCGGGGAUUCGAACCGCCGACCUUCUGAUCGGCAAGCCUUAGGCUCUGUGGUUUAACCCACAGUGCCACCCGUGUACAAACUAAUACACCUAAUAAAUACUUUAUUAAAAUAAUAAAUUCUUUAAUAAUAAAUACUUUAUUAAAACUAAUAACCUAAUAAAUACUUUGACCAAGAAAUCAGUUGUGGUUGUAUAUUUUACCUACAUUUUCCUCUUAACUUUCCAGGAUGAAGAUUCAGAGUGUACUUUAGCUAUAGAUUUUGAAGUUGGACACUUUUUCCGUGAAAGAAUAGUUCCCCGUGCUGUACUCUAUUUCACUGGGGAAGCUAUAGAGGAUGAUGAUAAUGUAUGUAUACUUUUAAGAUUAUCUUAAUAUGUGAAUAUUCCAUGUGUAGAGGGGGGGUGUAUGUGUGUGUGCUUUAAGGGAAAGAUAACUUUAUUCAUAAAUGGUCAGCUUUUGGCUGGAGAACUGAUUGUGUUCUUAUCACUCCCUCAAAUAGCCAAGUGAUGUGGUAAAUUCCAACAAAACUGGAGUAAUAAUGGGGCCUCUGAAUAUGAAAAGGGAAGUAUCUGCAUGCUCAGGGAAACCAGAAAGCUACCCCCUACACACUUUUUGGAUUCAAAAAAUGACCAAAAACCAACCUGAUUAAGAUUGAGGAUACUCAGUAGACAUGGAGUGUCUGCUGUAAAAGAGCUCCUUACAGCUCUUUAGUAUCUGGAUGGGGUAAUGGCUGCUUGGCUGGAACCCUGGACAAGAGCAUUCCUGCUAGCAGGUCAGAAUACUGCAACAUUUUGUUGCAGGGCCCCUCUUCUAACUUCCUGCUUCUGGAAAAGCACGAUCCUUGCUGCAGAAAUACAUUUUAAUAACUAAUAGCAUUAUGGCACGGUAUAACAGUAAUCAUUAGUACAGUAUGUUGAUUUUAUCCCUGUAGUGCAGGUGGAGGCUGAGGCUGAAAGGAUAACAGCUUGCCUAGCACUAGCCAUUGAACUUGUAGCUGAGGUGAAAUUUGACUGGGAUGUCUCAGCACAAUAUCCUAAGCACCGCACUACCCCACCUUUAAGACAGUGACCUGCUGGCCUUUUCCUUACUGAUGUAAUUGCUCUCUAAUUUCUCUUAACUAGUCUUAAAGAAUAAACAGAUGACUGGAGAUGAAGCUGGUUAUGUUAGUGAAAAUUGAUAAGGUUUGUUAAUACUGUGACCUCAUAUAGCCAUUCAAUUUUGCAUUUAGCUUAAAAGACUACAUUCAGUCCUUCAUUAGGAUAUAAAUGAAAGUGUUAGUGUAUGGACUUGAGAUGAAAGUAUUAAGUACUUAUAUACCCAAGUGCUGGGGAUCUGAUCUGGAAUGCGUAUCUUCAAAUAUUGUGUUUCAUCUGCUAAUGGUUUAAAUUAGGAUCUAAACAAGUUUUCCCCCUUUUUAGUUUGAAGAAGGAGAGGAAGGAGAAGAGGAGGUGAGUAAAAUACUGUUUAAUCUACUUGUCACAUUUUCCCUAUGGGGAAAAAAAGGUAAUAUUUAGCUUUCUGAGAGACUCCAAGGAGGCACAUGUUUCAGUCAUGUAUGUUCCAUACGUCAGUAUGAGAGCUAGCCUGUCUUGGUGCUUGGGGAACUGGGAACUAUGGUCAUGUUAGGAAGCAUUUGCCAAGCCAUAUUCUGUCAAGUAAGUCUGGUGAAAGAUAAUGGUUUUCUGAUAGAUUUGUUAGACAUGUCGAGACAUGUUGGGGGUAAAUGCAGCAGGGUGGGGGCAGUGAAGCUGACUGUAGCAGCACUGGAAUUGGGGGGUUGAAGGGAGACAGGGAAUAGGUUUUAACAGUUAGACUGGGCAUCUUUUCACUAUCUGUAGAUGGACAACAGGCCUACCCAUUGAGAAACAAUGGAGGGAAGAGCUGGAAUACAAGUUUCCCAAAGGCCAAAUCUGCCUUGGGUUUGUCACUGCUAAGCCACCAGAUCUUACCUUUUCUCUGAUGCUAGCAUGUGUUUGUUUGUUUGUUUGUUUGGAGUGUUUACUCCACACUAUCCCUCCCUGCCUUGGAAAAAUUACUGCAGACACCCAUGGGAAGGUUGCUUAAUGUCAAGAGCCAUGAGAAUAUAUGAAGGUUAAGGAAAUCCUGUAACUAAAUAUUUCUACUUGCAAACAAUUUCAGUCUUAGCAGUAAAGUAUUGCUGAGUUUAGUUCUGGACAUAUUAUUGUUGUCAUCAGUAGAAAGUAUUGCUCCUUUAAAAAAGCAUUCUUAUCCUACUUUAAAAACAAACAAACAUAGGAAUUAGAAGGUGAAGAAGAGGGAGAAGAGGACGAAGAAGCAGAAAGUGAACCUAAGGUUAGUUUUAUUAAAGCACUGUAUGCCAUGUAACCGUUAAAUUGUAGCAUCUUAAUUUUAUCAUAACUUGCUUUUACAGUCAUACCUUGGAUCCUGAAUGCCUUGGUACUCAGACGCUUUGGCUCCCGAAUGCCGCAAACACGGAAGUGAGUGUUCCAGUUUGCGAAUGUUCUUUGGAAGCUGAAAGUCUGACAGUGUUUCCAAUUGGCUGCAGGAGCUUUCUGCAGCCAAUCAGAAGCCACUCCUUGGUUUCCGAACGUUUUAGAAGUCAAACGGACUUCCAGAAUGGAUUCCGUUCGACUUCCAAGGUACGACUGUAUUUUUGUUGACAUGAAUUGGGGUUGAAGAAUUUCUAUGCUGCUGCUUUUUAGUGACCAAGUUAACAGUAGUCCAUUUCAUUCUCUUUAACAAUACCUGUUAAUGCUCCUUCAUUAAGGCACAGAGGCACAGACGUAACUAACAACCUGGCUGCUGUCACAUAAACACUCGUAAACUACAGAUAAGCAAAUAAUACACAGUUUUAUUGAACUUAAGUGUUACAUAUGCAUAUUUAACAAGCUUUGAAAUCUUGUUGCAGAAUGUUUGACUUUUUUGUUUUUUUACUUUGGCUUUGUUUUAUGUAUAUUGGUAUUGAGUCUUUUGUUGAAAAUGGUAAGGCUGCUUCAUGCAUAACACUUCCCUUACACAUGCAAAGGGCAAAAAUCCUCAAACUGCAAAUUGCAUUUUAGCUUGCAAUGGGUAAUUUGUCUGAUUCUUGUAUAACAUUUUUCAAUGCCUCCCCAAUUAAUAAUAUUGCCAUGUAGGAAAAGUGUCAUGGGUGAAGUGGACCUGAAAAGAUAUGCAACUUGCCUAUUUUUCUUUCUUUCCCCAUAGUAGGCUUGUUUUAAAACCUCUGCAUGGGCAAGACUCCCUCAUGAUCAGUUCUCAAACAUAUUUUGGUUACACUGAUACUUAGACAUGUCCAGUAUGUAUUGAUUUGGGGUCCUAUAUUAAAACAAAGAGCAAGUUAUACAUAAAAUAUAUUAGCAUGCAAAAAUAGGAUUUGUGUCAUGAUGAAAACAUAUACACUUGCAUGACAUCCUAACCAGCACAUUCUGCACAAUAUACAUAGCUUCUUAGUUGAAAUAGUGUUUCUUUGGCUAUCACAGAAUAAUUUUAGUGAUAGGGUAGCAGUUAUUGAGUUCACAAAUGAAAUGCAUCAAUGGCUGUAUCUAAGUUCUUGUGGGUGGGAAGAUCGAGUUUUAUGCUGAUUAUUUGAAUAUAAUUAUUUUGGAGAGCAGCUGUAUGUGACAAACCAUUUCUUGAAUCUUUUGGAACACUAGUUAUUACUGUCUUUUUUUCUUUGGUCCAUUUCACUUUUCUUUCAUGCUGACAGUUCCUUUCAAUUUUUCCCCAUUUAGGUGUAAUUUAAGUCUCUUUAUCAUUCAUUCAUUUAUAGGUAAGGUUGAAUUCCAUUAAUACAUAACUUCCAGGCUUCCAGUUUUUGUAGCCCAUACAAUGUGGUUCAUUUUAGUAUAUGUUUGGUUUCUUUUAUUUAGUAAAUAGAAAAAUUCGGUUUCUAAUGGCUACCCUCACGGACGUAGUUGCAAUUUAGAAAAAUAUGUAGAACAUCUUAACUGUAAAAUCAUGAAUGAUGUCAGUGUUUAUAGGAAUUUCCAUUUCUUCCUGAUGCACAUUAUGUUCUUCUUGCCUUAGUUAUGUGCUCUUAAGAUGGAUGUGUUUUUGUUGUGAUUGCACUGGCUGUUUGUGUUUCUUUGUGUAGGCUUUAAUGUUUAAAAUUAGGGAUUAGAUUUCUAUGUCUUCAAGGUGUUGUUAGGAGGCAACCUUUUUCCAAUCUCUUUCAGCUAGAUUGGACAACUUGGUUAUCUUGCCAAAUCGGUCACCCAUAUAUCCCAUUUAAUCCUGCUUACUUGAAUUUAAAUUCUGAAUUUCCCUCACUUCCUUCUUUCUUUGUACUGUGUUACAGUAUAAUUACAUAAUUUGUGGUCACUGAUAUGCCAGUACAUCUUUUCUGCUUAAUGAACACUUGCAUUCAUAUAUUUUGAGAUUAUUUGUUUCAUGCGAUAGGCGAGAUUGCUGAAACAAGAAAAUUGCAUUCUUAUUUAGUUAUUCUAAACUUGAGUUUGUGACUUACAACUUUUACAGUUAGGCUCUUGCCAAUGUUGUCAUGUCUUCUGAUAGAAUGUUAACAUCUUUCUCUUGCCCUGAGGCAAAAGCACAUUCUCUUUCUCUCCUAGGACCCUCACAUGCACUCAUUCUCUUGUACUUUCACAAAGUUUAUGACUGUUAUCCAUAAAAUAUCAAUGCUGUAGUUAGGCUUGUUGACUUUUCUCAUUGUCUUUGCUGCCCUCUCAGUUGUGCUUUUCCAAAGCCAUAAACUCAGGUUCUUCUCUUAAAAUCUAAUUUUCUAUCCCAGCUUCUUUCUAAGCUGUUCAUAUUACCUCUACAUGGCUGAUGGCUGAUGCAAAUAAAUUUUAUUAAAAUUAAAAAAUUAAAUUACCUCUACAUGGGUUCUCUGCAGUGUUAAAAACUGUGAUAUGAAAGCUAGGAGCUAAAUGGCACCUUAAACCUACCGUAUUUUUCACCCCAUAGGACGUACUUUUUCCCCUCCAAAAAUAAAGGGGAAAUGUGUGUGCGUCCUAUGGGGUGAAUGCAGGCUUUCGCUGAAGCCUGGAGAGCGAGAGGCAUCAGUGCGCACCGACCCCUCUCGCUCUCCAGGCUUCAGGAAGCUAUCCGCAAGCCUUGCAAGCCCGGCGGGAGUUCCCGUGAGCUCACAAGGCUUGCGGGCAGCAGCCUGCAGCCCGAAGCACGGGGAGCCCUCUGGAGCGCUCCCCGUGCUUUGGGCGGGUGUGCGCAAGGCUUGGGGCGGCAGCCGCGGCUGGGGGGGAAUAAUUUUUUUUUAUUCAUUCCCUCCCCCAAAUGAGGUGCGUCCUAUGGGCCGGUGCGCCCUAUAGGACGAAAAAUACGGUAGAUUAUGGGUGCAACAACAGAACGUCUAGGUGUACUUUUUUAAUAACAAAAAUACAAUUCUGAAAAUGAAUGAACUGCAGCUAAAAUGUUAUAUUUAUUUUUCACAUAGUCUUAAUAUUCUUAAGAGGGUCUCUUCUCUAGUCUUCAGAAAGUAGCUGGAAGUGGGGAGGCAGAAAAAGGUCUUCCUUUCCUUCCACUCUGCAGCCAGUGUGGUGUAGUGGUUAAGAGCAGUAGACUCGUAAUCUGGGGAACCAGGUUCAUGUCUCCGCUCCUCCACAUGCAGCUGCUGGGUGACCUUGGGCUAGUCACACUUCUCUGAAGUCUCUCAGCCCCUCUCACCUCACAGAGUGUUUGUUGGGGGGAGGAAGGAAAAGGAGAAUGUUAGCCGCUUUGAGACUCCUUAAAGGGAGCGAAAGGCGGGAUAUCAAAUCCAAACUCCUCUUCUUCUUCUUCUUAAUCUGAAAACAUAGGUGCAGUCCCACGCCCAGAGCUUAGAAACUGCUCACGCUAAUGAAAUUCUCUGUCGCAAAAUGUGCCUAGAACAAUGGGAGUUUCGAACACUGGUUCUCUGUUCUUGAAAAGGUACCGCCUCUCCAGGUUAACAAGUGUUUCAAAAAAUCAUGGAGAGAGUUAAGCCAAAUGGCUAUUGCACAUUGGAAAGAUCUCAUCCAGUAUGCAAGAUUGUAAGGAUCCCUUUUCAAUGAUCACUAAAUCACUGUUCCUUAACCUCAGUAUGGGUAACCUGCCUCUCCCCAGAUGUUGUUGCACAACAACCCCUAUCAUCCCCGACCAUUGGUUAUGCUAGCUGGGGCUGGUGGGAAUUGGGGUCAACAUUUGGAGAGUCACAAGCCAUCCCUGCUUUCCUGUCGGUCAAGGUGUUGUGUUUUUAACCUGAGGGAGAUUGAUUGCAUUUUGUGCUUAGCGGCACAUAUAUGAAAUAAAAUCCUAAUUCCAAUAGGCUAUUAGAAAUACAAUCAAAUUGGUUUCUGGGAUAAUGAGGCAGUUAGAUACUGGAGUAAUGUGUGUUAAGUAAGAUUGAGAUUACCCACUUCUUCUGGGAUUCUUUAUGCUUUGAAUUGUGGGAUUGUGAAGUAGCUAAAAAUGGCACACUCAUUGGUGUAAUGAUCUCUAUAUGUCUGUUUUAAUAACUAUUGACACAAAAUAGGCUCCUUUAUGUUCAGCAUAAAGCCUGCCUGCCUGCCUGCCUCUUUCCAGUAUCCCUUUAAAUUACUCUGUGAACUAGCUGUUUCACUACUUGACUUGCUCUGUAAAUAAUAGAAUCAACAUAAGAUUUUUGCAGGUGCUGACUCACACUUCUAUAUUCUUGUAUGUUCCAAGUUUAUCUCGUACUGGAUUGAUGUUGGGAGGAAUCAUGUUAUGAAUGUGCAGAAUGCACAGUCUGUUUGACUUGAGUGUGUAAAUACUUUUAUUGAAAUGUUGGUGUUUGCAUAUUGUGCAAUUUGGAAGUCCUCGGCCCCUCUGACCAUCAUAUACUGCAACCAUGACUUUUACUUGGCCUGUGCUGAAUUCCAGCUUGGUCAGCACAUACACGGCUGUGCGAAAUGCUGAGUUCAUCAUGGGCCAGUGGCUUGCAUGUGUUUGCCUCAAAAGGCUGGUGUGGCUGGAAGUUAUCAUGGGCUGACUGUCUCAGCCUGUGGCAGCCAUCAAUCAUGGCAGUGGACUUGUAACAGACCUUUGCUCUCAGAAUAUGUGAACUUGAGUCAGUAGUUACUGAAUUCUCUCAUGUAUCUUUUGAGAAGACAAUUGAUGUUUCACCAAUUCCCAGAGUAUAGAUCUUUCAUCUUGAAAAUAAAUGUGAUUUCUAAUACACAUUAAUAAAAACCUUCAGGAAUUUUGAAUCUCUUUGUCUUAGUUAUUUAAGACAGUGUGUAGAUCCCUGGCAUUACUGCAUAGAAACAGAAGAUACUUGGGUUUAUAAUGUGCUGGCCCAAAAGUUUCUUCUCCAUGAAGCCAUAUUUUGUACUCACAGCUGCUCUUGCAUCUCUCUCUAAAUGUGAAGAUGUUCUGUUUGUCCAAGCACUUAUGAAACAGCUUGCAGUGUGAGGGCUGUGCAAGUGUUUUUAGGACAGCUAUUCUAGCCACUGCUUUCUUAUCACAGUAGUUUUAUCUCCAGCACACUGUGAAUGAGUAGCAGCUCAUCUGGAUAUAUAUAGAUAUAUUUUUAAAAAGUUAAUACCUCUUCUUAAUCACUGACGGUAGCCUGAAAUCCUCUGUACACUCAUGUAAGUGAAAAUCAUAUUGAGGCAUGUCGUACACAACUUUAAAUAAAAAGGCACAGGAGUCAGUUGCAAGUGUCAUCUGUAAAAGUUAGCUAUUCUGAACCCAUAUUUUAUUCCACUGCUUGGCCGACUCACAGUUCACACUCCUGUACCAAAUCCUUGAAAGUACUUCAUAUUCAUUCUGCAAUAUUUGAAGGGACUUUCCAACAUCAACUUGAAGGCUGUUGCUUGUUUAUAAUCCAGACCUUUAUAUUUUGGAUCUAAAAGAUGUGUAGCAGCAUGAACUGACUGUACAUGUAUUUUCAAAGCAGCUUUGAAAAAUAUUUCAUUCACCUCAAAAGAGAGAACAUUUCCCAAGGGUGUUUUGCCCUAAAUUUCAAAGUUCUUAAUGUUGUCUUUUCUGGGAGGUUAUCCUGUCCUUUACGCUUCUAAUUGAGAGGUAAUUUCAGAAGCACGAGCCAUGUUCAAAAGUAUUAAGGCUGGUGUUCGGUUUUGUAAAUACAAUGGUUGUAUUUCUAAGAACAUUACUUGCAAAGAACCAAUCAAAACUGAUUUUGUUUUGGUAGCUUAGGGCUAAGAUGAUAUUUCCUACAAAUUGCAUUGUCAUGUAGCAAAUACCAUAUUGCCAUCUAUAUAAUCUUGGUGAAUUUAACCACAGUUAUACACUGUUGUUCUGACUUAGGAGCUGUGAAUGGUUCCAUAUUGUGCAUGUUUUUGUGCCGCUGGCCAUCCUCUUCAGCUCUUGGCAGUGCAGAGAAUUUAAGGGGGAAAGUAUUUUAGGGUUUUUUUUCCGUAUCUGCAUUAGGAUUUAGGGCCUAUAUGAUUGUCAUUGCAUUAGCAGGGAACAAUUCUACAUACAUUCUAUGAUUGCAUCUGUUUCCCUAACCUUGACAACUGAUGUAAAAGAGGAAUUGCAGUCUUGAAUGCAGGGUGAAGAUGCCUAAUCUAGUGUAGACCAGACCAUAAUACUAGUACUCGAAAAAGCAUUGCUCUUGGAGAACCUGUGCAUUGUGUGUUGACUUAUACUUGCGAAGCAGAUUGGAAUACUGUGUUUCUCAGUCUUCUCUUGCCUGUGCUUUUUUUCUUCCCAAGGCAUACGUAACAUGGAGCUCUUUGGUAGAAAUCUGUGUUGUUAGAGAUGUUGGCAUAAGAAAGCUGUUUUUAGGGGUGUUGGCUGAUAGUAACCUCAUUCUGUUUAGAGUCCUGGUAUAUUUUGUCUAACUUUUAAAACUAGGGAUCCAUUACAUUGUGGUAGUGUUCUGUGAUAUAUAUUGAAGGCCUUUAUUAUAGAGAGGAAACCUGUUUUUAAAGGAAGAAUAUAAUUUCUCAACUGAUUUUUUCUUAUUAAAGUGCAUAUAUUUCACUCAUAAAACACAGCAUAUUAUCACAUAUUCACAUUACACUUGAAAUUAGAAGGCAACAUGCCCUUUUCAGUCCUGCACUUUUCACUCUUUCACACUGUGUCUAUAUGUAAUGUUAAACCAUGUACACAAGCAGGAAUGAAUCUGAGUAAAACCUUGGGCUUCUACACUCCUCCCCUCCUGCAGAACUGCAACAAGGGCUUAGUUGGUGCCUGCUUCCAUUUUCACAAAAUCCCAGUUUAGCGCAGGCUCCUUUUCCUAGCUACACACAGAAAGGGAGCCUGAAGUUUUGCACAGGCUCAUUGCCCAUUAUAUUUCAUGGUUCCCUUUUCAUUUUGCAUACAAAAUAUGCAGAAAACUGCUUAGCUUUAAGCUCUGAAGACCACACAAUUUUGGGUUCCCUCUCUAGAAUUACAAUUGAGGGAGGUGUUGGAAAAGCAUUUCAUUCUUAAGAUCUAGAACUUGCUUCAUACCUUUGGAAAUUAUUGCUUCCUGUGCCUCUAGGAAAUACAUUAACUGCUUGUUCAUUUUCAUGACUUAGGAUCAAGCACAUGUUUAACAAAGUAAACUAAAAAAAUAUUAACAGCUUGUUUUGUGAUAGAGUUGCAGACAGGUGGCCUGAUAACUGCCACCUACUGCAUUGAUAAGCCUAUGCCACACAAUAUUGCAGUAUGGGACAUUAGCUCUAGUGUCACUUGGAACAAGGAGUUGAAUUAACAAGACCAGUAGUCCUCCUCACUGCAUUUCCAUUAGCAUUGGCAGCGCUACACAGUAUAGCCGUGGGAUAAUGGCAGCAUAUCUCCUUGCCAUGAACAAACAUUCGGAAACCAGAGAGUUGUGGAACUGAUUUUAGUAUAGGGAACUAUAUGCUGGAGGAUCUCAAACCCUCAUGAGUAACUUUUCAGGGUGUGGGGAGCUGGGGAAAAGUAGACUAGCCAAAAGUGCUUCCUGCUAGUACAAAACUACCAUCAGAUACAAUCCUAUAUUUCUUCUGCACCAGAUCCUUCAGCACUGCUGACCCAUGCUUGACCUUGUGGGUAGUCACUGCCAAAAUACCACCACUUCUAACAUAGCCAAAAAUAGUUUAAAGCAAAAAAAGUAUAAAAUCUGGAAAGGGGAAUAGUUCUCCUGCCGCAUAUGAAAUAGCACCAGAAGCCUUUUAUUUUAAUUUGGGAAAUUAGCUUUCAUAUAGUACAGUCAAAUCUCAGUUGUUGAACAUAAUCCGUUCCAGAAGCCCAUUUGGCUUCCGAAAUGUUCGACAACCGAGGUGUGGCUUCCGAUUGGCUGUAGGAACUUUCUGCACUCAAGCAGAAGCCAUGUCGGACAUUCGGCUUCUGAAAAACGUUCAAAAACCGGAACACUUAUUUCCGGGUUUUCGGCGUUCGGGAGCCAAAAUGUUCCAAAUUGGAGGCAUUUGGGAACUGAGGUUUGACUGUACCAGUUGUGUACAAUGAGUAAUAUUCUGCCAAAAGAGUCCCAUCAGCCCAGGAAUUUCUACCUGUGCAACAGGACUUUCAUUUCCUUCAUCCCUCUUAUGUGUUCUCUGUGCCCUCCCCAACCCUCUGUGCUCCAGAGGGUUGGGGAAACACCUGAAACAGAUUUAGGGGGUGCUUGGAGGGAGGAGUGCAGGGAGAAUGUUCUGUUGCUGAAGGAGAAAUCCUUCUGUUGAUGGAAUGUUUGCCUACAUUAGCUCCCACACCAUAGUUCUCUUGUUGCUUAUGAAUGUGGAAUGAAACUUGGUGUCAUGCUUGGGUACCUGUUGUGUAAACUUACUCUCUUUUUUCCUCUUCAAACAGAAAGAUGCCAGCCAGCCUGCGGAAUGCAAACAACAAUAAGGAAAUACCACUUCAGAGUGAUAUUUGAACAACCUGUAACAAAUAUUUGGAUACCUGGCCUGCAGUUCAGGAUAUUCCAUUGCUGCAGCACAAUCUUAUUAACAACGCUUAAAACUAAAUUGUUUUCAAAUGCAUGAUUUUCACUAACUUUUUUCUUAUUUUUUUGCUUAACUUGUACAGUGGCAACUUAAUGCAUUUGAGAAAUAUGAGGUUUAAUUAAAGCACACACUCUACGGCCUUUGGUAUACUGUAGCUCAACCUGUUUCAGUAGGCUUUCAAAUUAAAAUUGGGGGGGAAACUAAUUUGCUCUUCUGAAAUACUUGCCCUCACUUCAGUGAAUUUUUUUAUCUAAAUAUUGUGGAAUAGUUCACAUGAAAAUAUAUUGAAUUAAUAAAAUACUUGCAGUGAAAACAAAUAAAGCAAUAUGAUUUCUGCUAGCUCUUACUCCCUCUAAAAUAACAUGAUUCCUGCAACCUACCAAUCAGACUAGUGCUAUAGAGCAGCUUGAAACAUUGUCAUCUCCAGUAAAAGCAAUCUGAAUUUGAAGUAACAUUUCCUUUAUCUUCUUUGAAGAAGGUGGUGGUUGACAGAUACUUAGUUGUUCACCUUAUUUAUUCAUGUUUGUAAGUACUUUGAUGAACUAGUGCUUUUAAUAGUUUUAAAUAUACUUGAAGAAUAUUUUUCCUGUUUAUAAAAUAUGGGUACUUGUACAUGGAAAACAUAGUCUGCUCACAGAAUGAUUGCUCAUCAAACAUUUCAAAACAAACUGGGAAAGGAGAUCUUGAGACGGGCCUCAUAGUUGAUGGACGUGGGUUGCAGCAGUAAAAUGUAUCACUGGUCUAGCUUAGCCUACAUUACCAAGCCUGGUUCAGAUGGUCCUCCAAAACAAGGAUUGGGAAUGAGCUACAGCUUUGUCUGCUUCCUCCCCUCUUGUGGGCAGCUUCACUUUUCAGUUUCUUUUUCAGUGUGAGGCAUAAAUUAUUGUGAAGUCUGAACUGGCAAGCUGUGGUUUGCACUUCAAAUCAGAAUUGUUGGUUUCAAAUUCUAGAGGUAAGCAAAGAUCAAAGCUUGCCUAUUCAGACAUGACAGCAAACUAUGACAUGCACAAAAGAGGAGUCUGAAAAUGAUGCAAGAAUGGGAAGGAUGGUAUGUUUCUGAUGGUUUAGGGAAUCAUCUGAACUGUGCUUAUGAGAGUCAUUUAAUUGGGAAAAUAUAAAUUAAAUUAUAUGUGAGUGUACUUCUGAUAUUUAAUUUGCAAUACUCAUAUCGCACUGUUCCACACUCCAGUGGUUUUAAAGCUCCAGAAUCCUUCAAAAGAUCUAUUCAGAAUUACAGUUCUCAUUUCUUCAACAUACAAUGCCAGCUUUUGGCAACAGUUCAUUAGCAACUGUAUGAAUGCUGUUACCAGGCAUGUAGAGAGUGCUCCAGCCUUACCUUAUACAUUUGUAACUUAAUACAGUGUUUUCAAUUUGUACAGAAUAGUUAGAAUAUUCUAUUAAAGUUGUGAAACAUGAAGCAUAUUGUCCUGACAGUUUCUUUGUUAAUACUAUACAUGAUACAUGGUAUUUUCAACGACUUGGGGGGUGGGCUGGGGAAAUGAAAGCUAUUAAGAUUUCAUUCUUGUGCCACUCAGAUAUUCUGAAUGUUAGCAUAGUAAAUAGCUUGUGAUUUCAGAAUUCAGUGGUUUGGCAGCUUGUGGAUAUUUCUGCAAGCAGCAGAUUUAUAGAUAGAAUUUCAAGAUGCAGCAAAAAUCUGAGGGCUGUAUCCAACAACAUUGUGUGAGUGGAAGUCAUUCAGUAGGUGCAGUGGCUUCAAUGGAUACGGCCUAUAGAUUACAUGCUGGUACAUUGAGGGGAGGGGAGGGGGAUUCAUUUAUUAGGACCAUGGACUACCAGGUAAAAAUGAUUUAAUGACUCAAAAGGGUAGAGUCAGAACACCCAUUCCCUGUGCUAGGAUCAGGCCAGAAACCAUUUUUCACACAAGCAGUUCUUAACCAUGUUGGCAAUAGCAAUGAAGUUGUUACUACAGAAGCCUUUCUGCUGAAGGUUGGCCCUCCUCGCCCUGAGUAGCUGAGAGUAAAUAGUACAUUCUCUUGUGAAGUGAAGACUAUUCAAACAGUAUACUAGAUUGCAAUUUGUCCACUAGUUUGCUGAUAAUAUUUUUAUUCUCUGGGGUUUUGCGUCAGAAUGAUAGUUUCCUUAUAGCUUUGUUUGGCAACCCAGUUGGAAAAUUAUUCCAUUAAGGAAUAAUGCAACAAAAGGAAAGUUGUGGAACUGGACUGGGGCUUUGUGAGACCUCCUUAAAGAGUGUAGAAGAAUCCUUAUGAUGGUUAAGGUUAUUGAUGGCUACUGGUCAUUAUGGCAAUAUACUAACUCUGGGAUCACUGAGGCACAAGAGUGGGAAAGGGCUGUUGCCUUCAUGGUCUGCUUGUGGACUUCCUGGAGUCUUUUGCUGGCCAUUGUGGAAAACAAGAUGCUGGACCAGUUUGGCCUUUCAGUCUGAUCUCGCAUGGUGCUUAUGAGCUGUCUGGAAGAAGAGGCAGGGCAGCAGUGUUGCUAUAACAAUCCAAGAACUAGGGGAAAUAAUAAGAAUGGUGGCUGUAUCAAGAGCCAUGUGGGUCAAAAGAAGAAGCUCUUUAUACUUGUCUAGGUAAGACUGCUCUCUGUUUUGUAGAGACUAUGGUUGGAUGUGUGCCUAGCUGCCCAUGUAACUCUUCUAUCUUCCUCCAAUUAAAUUAGCCUGCCAAAAAAUUGAGUUGCUGAUUUCUGUGCCUGUUUUAAGUGGUCAGAGGUAUGCUUGCCUGUGUAGGCUCCCCGGAAUCCCAAAUGCUUUCUGUUUCUACAUCAUUGAUUACUAUUUUUUAACAUACCCCAAAUAGAAGCCAAUUAAGUCCCAAGGAAAUGAAGUUUUAAGAAGAGGUGGAGGAAAGAGAAAUUAAAGCAAAUGCUGCCAAGUAGAAUGUCUGAGUCUAGUUCAGGCACAAUGAAAGGCUUGAUCUAGGCCACAGAUUUCUGCAUCAGGAAUAUUUCACUUGUCAGAAUCCUGUCUGGUCUGGAUGAUCUAAUGAAUAAAAUACCUUUUCAGUUUGCUUAGUCAUAAUAUUGGACACCAUAUAUCCUUUAACCUGAUACUCCUAGCAUAUCUCUGAUAGGAAUCCCUGAAUGUUUUCUGCCUUUUGUCUCUAUUUACUAGUAUAUCAUAAAAGCAGGGAGGGAGAGAGCACUAGGAGUUGUAGUCUAGCAGCAACUGGAGAACUACAGCUCUCCCAUGCUUCUCCUAGGUAGUUUGCCUCACACUUCAACACCCUUUUUAAAAGGUAAAGCCAGUAAAGUAGUGCAAUUAGUAUUUCAACAACUUUAGUCAAUGGCUGAGGCUUGUAAAUCAGCAAAGAGCCAAUUCUGCCCCGAAAGAUUUCAGAUGCUGCCAGAAACUACAAGGCUUACUUGUUUCCAGCAUUCCUUAUGUCACCACUUAGGGAUGCAAAUGUCAGCCCCGUAGAAGGGCAUAGAAGAAAGGCCCUUCACAUUGUUGCUUCAUUUUGGAGUAUUUUCUCCCAAAUUGUUCAUCACUAGCCACAGACUCGCCCAUAUGUGCAUCUCCCAACUGCCAGGCAAUAGACUCAUUGGAGGAGGUACUUUUAAAAAGAAAAUAAUUGCAGACAUAUGGGUGACUAACCCUGGGUGUCUUGGGCAUAGUAAGGUAAAAGCAAAAGGGAAGGCUGAAGUGAGUAGUUAGGCAAACACUUUAAAAAGUUGCUUGUUGAUCUCAACACAUUAUUACCAGUUUAGUGAUGCUGGGUUCUAUGCAGAUCCAUCAAUACUUUGUGUUCAAGCAUAACUGAUGGGCUUCUCUUCCUGUAAUUACACCCGUGUUUUUCAGGAAAUAGCCGCUUUCAGUUCCAAGAGUGACAUGGCUUUGCAAUUUCAUGCUGUUCACAGCUGCCUUGGGAAACCGUGGUCUUGCCAAAAAUCUUUCCUUUAUUCAUCAGCAGGGGCUGUAUUGUGCUUGGGCUGGUCUUCUGGAAGAGGAAUUGUAAUUUGAUUGCCUCCUAAUUGUUUUGCUUUUCCCUCCAGAAAAAUGAAGCCGGAUUCCUUCUACAAGCAUCCUAGUAAAGCUGCUGGAGCCCUAUCACUUUGUGCAGAGCAUCAUCCCGCCAGUGUUGUGGCAUAAAUAACUGAGUUGUUGCUAAAUGGCUCCUCCAGGCGGGAUUGUCUGUUGAGGAGGUAGUGGUGGCAUCAUUCACAAUUACAAAACUCUGAUAUUCCUGCACUGCAGAAGCGGACAAGCAGCACUUCAAAGUUUGGUUUUGUUGGGAAAGGCAUCAAGAGUAGACCUGUACAAAGAGAAAAAGGGGAGGUGGGCAUGGAGAGAAAGAUUGUUAGAGGCAUGGGGAAACAAGGCGAAAAGAUGGCUGCAGGAUUUCCUGGGCCUGCUACACUGUAGGUUGAGGCACUUGCAAUUUAUAGGCAAGAACGGCUUUUGUAUGUACAGUGGUAACUUGGUUUACAAACUUAAUCUGUUCUGGAAGUCCGUUCUUAAAGAGUUCUUAAACCAAGGUGUGCUUUCCCAUAGCAGCGGGGGACUCAAUUUACAAAUGGAACACACUCAAGAGGAAGUGAAACAUGUUCUGCUUCCAAGGCGAAGUUCACGAACAAAAACACCUACUUCCGGGUUUGCAGCGUUCUUAAUCCAAGUUGUUCAUAAACUAAGCUGUUCUUAAACCAAGGUACCACUGUAUUAACUUAGCCUAACCUACCUCACAGGGCUGUGGGAAGAUAGCCUUGAACUCCUGGAAGGAAAAGCAGGGUACAAACAUGUGGUGCUAUAAAUAAAAAUAUAAACAUUAGCAAAGCCAGAAAACCGGCCCCUACCUCACUUUGACUGUAACAUUUCAUAGUUCUGAUAUUUACAGCAAACUGCC